AGGCAAGCAGCCUGGACCGCGACCUCUGGGAGAGCAUGGUGACCCCCUGGCGCUUCUCUGUCAGGGUCUGCUUGUCGCACCUAAGGGGCUUGGAGCUCAGAAAGGACCUCGGCCUUCUGAGACCCUCUGGGUGCUGCCGCAAGGCUAGACUCUGUUGGCUUCUGCUUGGCACUUUGCCCAAACUCAUCUCAGCCUCUGAGGACAUUGGCAAGGGGGCCCCUGAGAGCUUGUGUCGGCAAAGGACCAGUUGGAGUGACCUGGCUGAAAACGGGCCACUGGAGAGAGUCGCCCCGGAGCAGCGGCUAGGCUGCCUCCUUCUGCACUUGCGGAUCUGGCUCCGGGCGGGGGCGCUCUUGGUGAAAUUCUUCCCCCUCCUUCUACUCUACCCCCUCACCUACCUGGCUCCCAGUGUCUCCAGGCUCUGGCUCCACCUGCUUCUGAAAGCCACCGAGACCUCCGGUCCAACGUACAUCAAACUCGGCCAGUGGGCCAGCACCCGGCGUGAUCUCUUCUCAGAGGCUUUCUGUGCGCAGUUCUCCAAGCUGCACGUCCAGGUGACGCCCCAUCCUUGGACCCACACUGAACACUUCCUACGGCAGGCCUUCGGAGAGGACUGGGGGAGGGUCCUUUGCUUUGAGAAGCAGGAGCCUGUGGGUUCCGGCUGCGUGGCCCAAGUGUACAAAGCACGUGCCAAUCCUGCCUUCCUGGAGAAGGACAGCAUCCGGAGACUGGCCACAGCCUCCAGACUGCAGCUUUCUUCGGAAGCUGGGAAAGUCCAGGGGCUGGGAGAGCUCCUUGGACACUUGGGGAAGGCGUGGAGGCCUCAGGGAAGUCUUGCCGACCAGUCAUUUCUAGAAAGGCUGCUCUUCCCUAAAGCUGACCUGGUUGGAUCAAAUGCAGUCUUGUCUCAGGCUUCGGGACUGGCCCACGGACCACAGCCAGAUCACCUCAUCCCUGUGGCCGUGAAAGUGUUGCACCCUGGCCUGCUUGCUCAGGUGCAGAUGGACCUGCUGCUGAUGAAGAUGGGCAGCCGAGUCCUUGCACUUUUGCCAGGAAUAAAGUGGCUCAGCUUGCCUGAGAUCGUGGAGGAAUUUGAGAAGCUCAUGGUGCGACAGAUCGACCUGCGUUAUGAAGCUCGGAAUCUAGAACACUUCCAAUGCAACUUCCUGAACGUGAACUCUGUCAAAUUCCCCACCCCUCUGCGUCCCUUUGUCACCAGGGAUGUCUUGGUGGAAACGUAUGAAGAGAGUGUGCCUGUGUCCAGUUACCAGCAAGCAGGGAUUCCCGGGGACGUGAAGAGGAAGAUUGCGCGGCUGGGGAUCAACAUGCUCCUGAAGAUGAUAUUUGUGGACAACUUUGUCCAUGCGGACCUUCACCCUGGGAACAUCCUGGUCCAGGGCGCCGACGGUCUUCCCAAGAGCCAAGAGGCGCAGCCUCAGCAGGUAGAUGUCUGUGAUGCGCUGGCGGUGGCUGUGACGCCUGCCCGGUGCCCGCUGUGCCUGGUGCUUCUGGACGCCGGCAUUGUGGCCGAGCUGCAGGCUGCCGACCUGAGGAACUUCCGGGCAGUCUUCAUGGCCGUGGUGAUGGGGCAGGGCCAGAGAGUGGCUGAGCUCAUCCUGCAUCAUGCCCGGGCCAGUGAGUGCAAGGAUGUGGAGGCAUUUAAGGCUGAGAUGGCCAGGCUGGUGACCCAGGCCAGGAAGAACAGCAUCACGCUGGAAAAGCUUCAAGUUUCCAUCCUUCUCUCGAAUGUCUUUAAGUUGCUGAUGACUCACAAGGUGAGGCCUGGGUAGAGAGCUCGCCCUCUGGUCAGGCAGGAGGGGAGGGCUCUGGGGAAGGCGGGUGGCCUCAGGGUGGUGACAGGUACUUUUCUUACGUGAGAUCUCGUUUUUGAGAACGUUGCAUGCACCGAUCCCUGUGGUGAAGAGUGCUGUUUCUGUUUCUUGAGGUCCGGCAAGAUCUUUCCUUGGUCACGUUGUGAUCCCACAUUGGUGGGGUCUUUGGUGAAAAACUUUAUGCUUUCCAAAACUUCUGACAGGUUCCAUUUUAAAAAUGACUUAAAUAUCACCUUAGGAUUGGGGAAAGCUUUAAUCAUUGCUGGGGGGCUGGCUUGGAGAGAACCGGGAAUGAACACACACUCCUGGGAGUUCAGUUGCACGGGGCGGGGAGCCGGAGGGUGAGGCUCACAGCCAGCUCUGCACCAACCAGCUCUGACCUGCUCAAGUCUCUCCAAGUCUCCCCCGGGCCGCUGGGAGGGCCGGAUGAGGCCGUGACAACGGUAGCGGUGUGCCGUGACUCCCCUCUACGCACCUAACUUAGCUGUGUAACAUUUAUCAGUAUCUGAGUCAAUCCCCGCAACAUUCCUCGAGGCCGGCACCGAGCAACUUGCCCCGGCCAGGUGGGCCCCAGGGUAGCGCCCGACCCCGUGCCCGCAGCCCGACUGCGGAGCCCCACUCCCAGCUGCUUUGUUCUCCGGCCUCCGGUGCUCCCACGGGCACACGGCCUUCCUCGCACACUGCGUGGGACACAACGGUUCCCAGCGCUUUAGAUGUUUGCUGUUGUCAUUGUGCUUCUCAGGACAGGACAGCGGAGAGAGGGCCGAUCGAGUGCAGCCACUCUAUUUCAAGUGCUUCACCAGGCACUUAAUUUAAAACAAUGCAAAACAUUUUAAAUUGUGGUUAAAAAAACAAUAUAAAAUUUACCCCUACCAUCUCCAAGUGCACAGCUCAGCAGUGACAACCACAUUCACGUAGUGGUGUAACAGAUCUCUAGAGCUCUAGAAUUUUCUCAUCCUGCAAAACUAAAACUCUGUAUCUACUGAACAAAAACUCCCCACGUCUCCCCCCA